CCUCCCCAGCCCCCGCCGCGGUUAUCGCGCGGCGAUCGAUUAGUCAGUCCGUUAUCGCCCAUCAGCUCCUCAGUCAGCGCAGCUUCCGCCGCCUCCGCCGCCGCCGCCGCGACUUCCCCAAAUGAGAAGAAGCCCCGGGGUUCGGGGCAGACGCGCGCGACCGGGUGUCCGUCCGUCCGUGCGUCCCCGUGUCCGUCCGUCCGACCCGCCGCCAUGGGCGUCCCGACCUGGUCCAUCGCGGUCAUCCUCCUGCUGCAGCUCCCACGGACCUCGUGGGAGGAGAGCGCGGGUGAUGACUUCCGGGUCAGCAUCAUCUGUUUCAACCUGGACACCAUGGAGGUCACGUGGGAUCCCGCCUACCAUGUGGGGGCCAACCUGAGCUUAGCAUUCCGCUACAACCUUGAUCCCCUGCGGAGCUGCCCCCGAUAUGUCCUGUCAGCGGGAAUCACUUCCGGGUGCAUCUUCCCCGCCCGCCGAGCACGAUUGGAGAUCCACAUCCGGAAGGGUGAGGUGUUGGUCUACAACCGGAAGCGACUGGCCACAGCCUACCUGAAGCCCCGUCCCCCAGGGAACAUGACCUUCCAUUGGCUGGAGGACUCCGUCCAGGUCACGUGUCCAGACCUUCCCUACAGCGACCUAGUCUACGAGGUCCAGCACCGAGGAGCCAGGGACCCCACCUGGGAGACCUCUUCCGAGAACACAUGUAAUGUCACAGUGGCCGGAGUCGACCACCAGCGCUGCUACGACUUCCGGGCCCGGGUCACCACAGAGGAAUCCACGUACGGCCAUGAGACACACCCAAGCGACUGGACCCCCGUGACACACUGGCAAGCUGCAAGGCGCACAGAGUCUUGCCAGGAGCCUCCUGCCCCGGCUUUCCCGAAGCUGCUGGUUGCAUGCAGCCUCCUGACCCUGCUGACUUCGCUGCUGCUGCUGCUGUCUCUGUGGAGGCUGCGGAGGUUCAGGAAUAUGGUGAUGCCAUGUGUGCCCGACCCCAAGGGCAGCUUCCCCGGGCUGUUUGAGAAGCACGGUGGGGACUUCCAGGAGUGGAUCAGUGACACACAGCAUGUGACCCUGAUGGCAAAGCCAGAAGUCUGUGACCCCACAGAGGAGGCACUGGUCCUGGAGCAUCACAGGAAGGGAGAAGAGCCUGAAUGGGACAAGGAUGCUGGGUUUCCUGGCCUUCCACGGGAGGGCUUGAGGGGCGGAGACCUGGUGUCUGUGGGCGGGGUCACUUUCAUGAUGGACAGCGAUGCCUAUAUGACCUUGUGACCCUGGCGUGACCUUGGGCACUGUGAUAGUGUCACAGCCAAGGUGAGUGUCCAUGGUGUCAGUCAUCCAUUAUUUCCCGCCCACACCCCCUGUCAAUCAUCCCUCAGGACAUGCCCACAGCCCUCCUGUCAAUCAUCCCACAGGACAUGCCCACAGCCCUCCUGUCAAUCAUCCCUCAGGACAUGCCCACAGCCCUCCUGUCAAUCAUCCCUCAGGACAUGCCCACAGCCCUCCUGUCAAUCAUCCCUCAGGACAUGCCCACAGCCCUCCUGUCAUUCAUCCCUCAUGACAUGCCCACAGCCCUCCUGUCAAUCAUCCCUCAGGACAUGUCCACAGCACUCCUGUCAAUCAUCCCUCAGGACAUGCCCACAGCCCGCCUGUCAAUCAUCCCUCAGGACAUGCCCACAGCCCGCCUGUC